AUGGAAUCCAACCCAGAUUCAGUAGCCUUGGCCCAGCAAGUUCAAGCCCUUGCAGCCACCAUUGAAGAACUUACCAAAAAAAACCAGGAGAUGAAGCUACGACUCCAGCAGGUUCAGCAGGCCCAACAGGACGAAAGCCGGUCCAAGGGUAACUUGGAGGGAGAAGGGGAUAGCCACAGGAGAGGGGGGCAACGUCCAAAAAGGCCGGUAGAUUACUUACUUACCGUAAAGCAGGGAGAGAAGGAAACUCUGAGGUCAUAUGUCAAACGAUUCACCCGGGAGACUUUGGAGGUGGACGAAGCCGAUGACAAGAUGCAGCUGAUGACCUUCAAAGCAGGGCUGAGGUCUAAAGAUCUUGUGGCCUCCCUCGCUAAGAAUCCACCAAAGACGAUGGCAGAAAUGCUCCUGAAGGCACAUAAAUACAUGAAUGCUGAAUACGCUUUAGCUGCCAUAAAGGAUACCGAAAAGCCAGGCUACAAGGCAAGGAGGGAAGACGAUCGUCGGGGGCUCAAGAGAGAUCGACCAGAUCGUCGGAACAACGACGGGAAUAAGAGGAAAGAUGAUAAAAAUCCUCGGACGGUAAGAUUUACUCCUCUGGUCAUGCCUGUUGACAAGAUUUUCACGCAGAUCAAGGACGAGCAUUAUCUCAAAUGGCUCAGACCAUUGCACUUAUCCCCUAAUGUUCGCGACAAGAACAAGUACUGCCGGUUCCACAAGGAUCACGGCCACAACACCGAAGAUUGCAGGGACCUGAAGGAGCAGAUAGAGGAGUUAAUACGGAAAGGGAAGUUACAGAAAUAUGUGAAGAAAGGAGAAUAUAGCAAGUCCAGAAACGACGACAAAACCCUGCACGAAUCGUUCUCCCGGGAUGAUGAUCGUCCGUCCCAUCCUCCAAACAAAGUGAUCGGGGAGAUCAACAUGAUCACAAGAGGGCCGUUCUUAGGAGGGUCAUUUAAGUCACUCAAAAAGGCAUACCAGAGACAAGUUAACAGCGUCCACACCGUACCCCCUUCCAAGCACCAACGAACAUACGAAGACAUGUCUUUCAAUGAGGGAGAUGCCAUGGGAGUAAAGCAACCCCACAACGAUCCCUUGGUCAUAAUGUUAAAUAUAGAAGGGUUCAAUACCGAAAGGAUCCUCGUCGAUAAUGGCAGUUCUGCGGACAUCAUCUACCUCCCAGCCUUCUAA